AUGGAAACAACUCCUAAGUUACAGCAGAAGGCUCUGCAGCAACCUAAGCAGAAGAAAUCCAAGUCGGCUGAAUUUCUGAUGGGUGAAGACGAGAGCGCCACUCUGGUUGGCAUAGAAAACCCAGCCUUCGAUGGAGGAGGAAGCAGCGAGCUUUCCAUUCCUCCGGUUUGGCUGGGGAGAGAAAUUCGAGGUGACAGGCCAGAUAGCACCCUUGCAGCUCACCGAAAAAAAACGGAGCUGCAAGCCCCUGCCAAAGAAAGAGGAAAUACACGCGCCCAGAAUGACUUUGACCCGUCGUCGGCGGAGCAGACAGACCCAAGGCAUUGCAGGACGGCUGGGGUCAGCGCUGAAGAUGAGCUGGAAUUAACAAUAUUGAACGCUGAUGAAAACAGGCUGUAUCAGAGAAUGGCUGCGUUGCUGGACGAAGACGAUACCUUCAUAAAUAUACCGGGUACGCUGCUAGCCUCCAGGGAUGAGGAGGUGUUGGAGGUGAAGGCGGGUGAUCCAGUCCUUCAGCGGCGACUGCUGCUCCACGGUGGCGGUGAAGCCUCGGGCUCCACACCCUCCAAGACCCAAACCAUUGCCAAAACCCAGACUGGGGCCAGUGCUGGGCUAGGAGGAGAGGCUGGACUCGAAGCAGGGAGGAUGGUAAUGGACAGAGAGAGCGCUGUAAAAGUGAGGACAGUGGAGGAGGAGAUCCCCCACUACGCCCAGCAGCUGAGGGAGCGUGUGCGGCCUGACAUGAUCACGCUUGGCAGCCUUUCACUGCAGCAGCAGACGGCUCAGAAGGGACCGCUGAAGAGGAGUGAGUGGGCAAAGAGAAAGAAGGAGCUAAUGGACUUCUUUGCUGGAAAUGUUAAGGAGCCUCAUUCACAAAGAGAGCGUGACGAUGCGCCGCAGCCCAGACUGAACACGCUGCUGCAAACCAUUGAAAGCCCGUCACUCAGAGCGCUGGGGGAAGGCCAAGAGGAAGCCAUGGCCAAAUACGGCCAGAUGACAGAGCUCCCAAAAUCCUCCUCUUCGGCGUCACGACCCCAGUGGCAGGUGGACCAGAGCACAGCUCCUCAGCCGGUCGAGGUGUGUGUGAGUUGCCUCAGAUCCACCAGAGACAAGCUGCCCAGGGGCCUCUACACAGUCAGUGUGGCCCUUCACAGCCGCCUAGGGGGUCCAGCUCUUGCCUGGUGCAGUAAGAAGGAGCGGCAUGAACGGGCGGUGACAACGGAGCCCAUCGAGCAUCGGGGCCGCUACUGCGACACCAACCUGAACGUGAACCAGAGCUUGUUCAUGAUCCUUCCCGCGGCCUGUGAGGUCGUCCCCUCCAUGGUCCUGGUGUUCCAGCUGAUCGCACUCCCAGGGGACAGCAGUCACAUCAGCUCGGUGCUGGCGUGGGGGGCAUUUCCUGUUUGCGGGCCGAGCCUCGGUUUGGUCCAGGGCAGGUUCAAAACCCCUCUGCUCAGGGGGGAGCCGAACACACGCCUGGACCAAUUCAAAAAGAUUGAAGCCGUCAUCUCCUCCGAUCUAGACCACUGGCUGUGCAACCUGUUCUUUCAGGUAAAGCGGCUCCCUUCUGGAACAUCUAGGUUUCCAGAGCGCUGCAUCACCCUCUCCAUCCCCCCACCCAACCCCCCUCUGAUGCCCCCCCCUGAGGUCCAUCUUGACCAACCACAAGGACAACUGCCAAUCCAGUCCGAGGCGCAGCUCCGUCCUCACCCCCAGUUAUACCCCCAGCAGCAGGCGCAGGCGGGCCCCAGCAGCAGAGCAGGAGAGCCCUCUGUGGUACUCUCUCACCGGGGGUCUCCUCUCUACCUGUCAGCUGAUUCCGCUUGCUCUUCCUCAUCUCUGCCAGGGAAGAAUUCUUCCUCGGGAGCCAUUUCUGGAAACACGGGAGAGAGGAGUGAUCCGUGCCGGGAGAAAGCAGAGGGCGGGAUCCACUACAAGAAGAAGCCAAUCAAGAAGACAAAUAGCUGCGGCCCCAGCAUGAGCAGCGGCAGCGCACCGCCUCUGCAGGCAGACAAACAGAAGAUGCAGCCUUCAGUGGAGAACCUCUCCACGGAGGAGAUGGAGGAGUAUACAUUCUCCCUACAAUCAGCGCUGCCUGGACCUGCGUCUCGCCCCUCACGCCUGUCCGAGCGAGCCCGCCUGGCCCUGCGCAUGCUGCCGUCCGAGCUGGGCCUGCCGUUGCCGGGGCAACAACAGCCGCGUAGUAGCUGGCGUGGCUCCGUUCGGCAGCUCGGCCUCAUUAUGCUGCUGCUGGCUUUGAUGUGGUUUGUGAGGCUCUACCUGCAUUACUGCAGCCAAUGGCUCUACCUCCAGGCCAUAGCAGUUCCUGUCAACAAAUUCCAGUUCCACGCACACACGGUGGACCUCGUGUACCAGAGUGCUUUGCUGCACACCCGGGAGGAGCUGGCGAUGGUGGUGGUGGGUCCCCUGACCUUGAACGCAGUAAUGUUCCUGCUGGUUCUGAUCAGAUGUGGCUGUCAACAGAUAUUUGGCUCACUCCCUUCCUUCACGUCAAAGUUUAUCAUGGCUCAGGGAGUGUGGACAGUCCUCGACCCCCUGGCGGUCUUUGCGGUGGACGCCGUCCUCGGGCGUCUCGCCUACAGCCCAGACACACCGGUGGGUGACGCAGCCAAGCUUUACUGGCACUUCUUCAGAGUUGACCAAUCAGGUGCAGCGGGAGUGAUCAUCACUCUUUUCCUCUAUGCAGUCAUCUUCCUGCUCUCCGGCACCAUCCUCUUCAUCAAUAUGCUCAGAUUCCACAACGAUGGCCGCAUGCUGGACGUCUUUCAGCGCCUCACAGCAAAGGAGGGAACUUACUUCCUUCCUCAAGACCUAGAGCUGUCCAAUCAGGAACUGAGCUACAUUGUGAAGAAGGCGGAGCAAUGGAGAGGCUUCAACGGGGAGAGGCGCAAGGUUACAGUUUACGACUAUAUCUGGACAGCAGAGGAUCCCUUGGCAGGCCCUGCAGGCCCAACUGACCCCCCAAGUGAGGUACAACCCCCUCCAGACGGAGAGACCAGCACCCAUGUGGCAGUGUACACCCUGUACCUGAGCGGGAAGAAACAAAGAUACAGGCACUUCCUCCGACAACCGGACGGGGCUAUAGUUGAGGUGAUUGGUGACAUGGAAGGGAUGGACAACGCAACCCUGAUGGUGCCCAGCCAGGGAUCCACCAAUCAGAGAGAGGACAAGGAAGCCUCACAUCAACUUCGAAAACGGAAGAAGCUAUUUGGGCGGUUUCACCGCGUCGAGCCCGUAGGAGGAAGCGGGUGUGGCUCCAGUUUUGCACUGCAAGACCUCAGCCAAUGAUAUCGAAGCAGAGGAUAAGAUAGUUGGCUG